AUGGCAUCGGAUGAUACUUAUAAUAUUAGACCUAUUUCAUCUCAUCAAUCUCAUUCAUCUACAAGUUCAUUUCCUCAAAAUUCAAUAUCAUUAUCAUCACCAAAUAGUCCUAUUAAUACAGGAAAUCUCAAUAGUAGCUUAUCUCAUAGUCGUCAAUUAUGGAAUAUGGCUUUUGAAAAUGUUCUCGAGCAUAAAGAAACUCUUCCAUCAUCAUCAUCAAUAAUUUCAUCAACUGUUGGUAAUGAUUCAAUUGGUUGGUACAAUUUAACUAAGCGUGUCAUGCAAGUUAAUGCUAGUCCAACAUUAGCAGCUGCUGCUAGUCCAGUAUUUCAUAAAGAUCAUUGGCAACAAAGACGUUAUAAUUUUUUAAGUAAAAAUAGUAUGUUUGGUGGAGAAUUAAAAGACGAAGUUGUUAAUGAACAUGGUACUGAUGUUGAACAAAAACCUAUUAUUGAUAUAUCUCAAAUGCCAACAACAGCUAGUAUGGAAUCCGAUGGAUCAACUAUAAGACGUGACACAAUUUUGAGUCGAGCUGUAACUGGUGUUCGUAAUUUACUUGUUGUAAACGAGAUGCCACGCGCAAAAUCCCUGCGAGCAUCUACAUUAUAUGAUGAGGAAGAUGAUGAAGACGAACAAUCGAAUGGAACUGAUCUAUGUUUAAAAAAUAUUAUAUUAACAAAACCAGAUACAAAUGAACGGAAUGAUUUCGAUGAAAAUGAUAGUGGUAAUCUACGUCCUUGUACUCAAUGUACACAAACUGAUAAUGAUUUUCCUCAAACUUCAAGAAAGAACGUAACAUCACGUACUGUCAAUAAAAGUCGACCAUUGAAAAAAAUCAUUUCUCAUUUGUCUUGUAAACAUCAUCAAUCAAAAAAAUUAGUUGAAAUUCAACAUUCAUAUCGUCCUUAUUUUACAUAUUGGGUAACAUUUGUACAAAUUCUUGUUUGUAUUGUUUCAUUAAUUGUAUAUGGUUAUGCUCCAUUAACAUCAAUACAAUCUAAUAAUACUUCAAUUUUUAGUCAACAACGAUAUGAUUUAACAAUGAAUAUAUGGUUUGGUCCACAUCCAGCUGAUUUAAUUCGUUUAGGUGCUAAAUAUACUCCAUGUAUACGUCGACAUGAUGAAGUUAAUAAUCGAUAUGAAAAACAAGCAAGAUUAGAAACAAUGUCUGGUUGUUGUAUAGAUUCAACAACAGGUCGUUGUAUGCAAACACUUCCACAACAAUGUCUUCCACGCGCUGGUUUAACAUGGUAUCGAACACCAUUAAAAAGUGAAAAUUUAACAGAAGAAAAUAAUGUUAUCUAUCCAGCUGUAUGUGGUCUUACACCAGAAACUUGUACAAAAAAAUUAAUUGGAAAUGUUCGACGAGAAGAUGAAAGUUCAUGGACAUGGACAAUUGUUGAUUCUAAAAUUUUUAAAUGGUCAGCAAAUAUUAUUAAAUGGCCAAUUUGUCUUGAACAAGAUUAUAAUCGAAUAUCAAAUAAUAUAUCUUUAUAUCCACAUAUGCAAUGUACAAAUAUAGCGAGACCUUGUUGUACAGGUGUACUUGGAGAUUGUGUGUUAACAUCAAGAGAUGAUUGUAGACGUCGACGUGGUAUUUUUCAUCAACGAGCUCAUUUAUGUUCUCAAGUUGAUUGUAUACAAAGUGUAUGUGGUAUGCUAGAAUUUUUUGUUGUUCGUGUACCUGAUCAAGUUUAUCGUUUUUGGACUGUUAUUUUUAUUCAUGCUGGUUUAAUUCAUUUGUUAAUAACAAUUAUAUUUCAAUAUACAAUAAUGCGUCCAUUAGAAAAACUAGCCGGUUGUAUACGUGUAAUGAUCAUAUAUAUUGUAUCUGGUUUUGUUGGAAGUUUAGCUAGUGGAUUAUUUUUACGUGAUUCAAUACAAGUUGGACCUGGUGGUGGUCAAUUAGCUAUACUUGCUUGUUAUUUAAGUGAAUUAUUUCUUGGUUGGCGUUCAUUAAAACGUCCAUGGAUACCAUUUUUUAAAAUUAUUAUAUGUUUAUUUAUUUUAUUAACUGUUGGUUUAUUACCAUUAGUUGAUAAUUAUUCACAAUGUUUUGGUUUUCUUAUUGGUUUUAUGUUAAAUAUGAUUGUUUUUCCUGACGUUAAUUUUCGAAAAAAUGUUCAUCGUCUUGUUAUUGUUACAACAUCAUUAGCAAUUGUUAUUGCUUUAUUUAUUUCAUUAAUUGUACUUUUUUAUACAGUACCAUUUAAAUGUAAAUCAUGUACAUUAUUUAGUUGUCCAUUUGGAAAAAUAUGUGGCAAUGAAAAACCUGAUCUGAUCUAA